ACUGAAACAAAAAUGUAAGGUAUUUUUCCCCCAAGUAUUUCUAAAAUAGCAAUCAUGUCGACCGCAAUGAACUUUAGUAGUAAGUCUUUUCGCCCCCGUGCUCCCGACAAAGGAUCAUUUCCCCUGGAUCACUUUGGCGAGUGCAAAGCAUUCAAAGAGAAGUUCAUGAGGUGUUUGAAAGACAACAGUUAUGAUAACUCCCUGUGUCGACUACAGUCCAAAGAAUACCUUGAAUGCCGGAUGGAUAAUCAACUGAUGGCCAAGGAACCACUGGAGAAACUGGGGUUCAAAGACCUGCUAGACAAACCCAGCCAAGAGAACCAGGUCAAACCCUGAGCUGACAGAUUAACGCUGGCAUGUCCGUGAUAUAGCAACUGCACAUGAGUUCGCUUUUUUCCCCCUUUGUAUAGAAAAUUCACAUGUAAUAUAUUCUGUUUCAACCAUAAAAUAUUUUUAGUUCAAUAACCACGUCUUCGGAUUUGUGUGGGUUUGAAAUGUGCAGUGUUCUCACUCAUUUCCAUUUUGUACUCAAACCUGGAAUCUAGUUAGUCAACACUUCUCCAUUAUUAACCACUUGAAAAUACUUUGCAGUUAGGCUACUCUAGUCACCACGAUGAGUUCUAGACAAAUUGGCAUUCGCUCCACUAUUUUCAAUGUUACAGUUUCCCUCACACCUGUUGGGAUUUCAUCAAAUAUAAAUGAUACAAUAUUUCUGCAUGUGUUUUAAAUAUGGAUGGAAUAGGGGUGUCACUUACCACUUAAGGCACAAUGAAUGUUGCAGUAUGGUGUGAUUUAAAAUGCUGACAAAGACAAUUUGUUAAGAGUCAUGAACUUUAAUAAGACAUCUAUAUAAUAAAUAGUUGCAUAU